GUUUAUUACUACGGGAUGAACCGCAACCACCUCGCCUUCUCGUUCGCCCCGCCCAUCCAGUUCCUCCAAACACGCCCCUCCCCGAGUACCACCACCGUACGGGAAAAGUCGAUCGCGCUUCCCAUUGGUCGUCGCCACGGUUACGUCCGUCUCACUAUCAUCACUCCACACCGUAGACCAAUCAGCGUCCGGAUUCCGGAAGCCGCGUCACUCUGCUCUUGUUUCAUCCAAUCACAAGCCUUAAAACUCGUGUACAUUAAACGAGCCCUGAGCUCGUGGACAGGUAGAGCGAGCGCUGCGCUUCAGGAAGACAUGGAGAUGAACAGCUCGGCUGACGUCUUGUCCUCGGCGUACCUGGCCGUGGAGUUCGUGGACUCGUUGCUGCCUCAGAACCCGCUGCAGGAGCCCGUGAAACUGGUGUGGAACCACAUGCUCCAGAACUACAGCAAGUUCCAGAUCGCGACGUGGGGCUCGCUCAUCGUGCACGAGCUGGUCUACUUCCUGUUCUGUCUGCCGGGCUUCCUGUUUCAGUUCAUACCGUUUAUGCAGAGAUAUAAGAUUCAGCAGGACAAACCAGAGACAUGGGAGAAACAGUGGAAGUGCUUAAAGAUGCUGCUGUUCAAUCACUUCUUCAUCCAGCUGCCCCUCAUCUGCGGCACCUACUACUUUACCGAGUUCUUUAACAUCCCUUAUGACUGGGAGUCCAUGCCACGCUGGCCGUAUCUGUUAGCUCAGUGUUUCGGCUGUGCCGUGAUCGAGGACACGUGGCACUAUUUCCUGCAUCGAGCUCUUCAUCACCGCAGGAUCUACAAAUACAUCCACAAAGUUCACCAUGAUUUCACCGCUCCGUUCGGGAUGCAGGCGGAAUACGCACACCCGUUAGAGACAGUGAUCCUGGGCGCUGGCUUCUUCAUCGGCAUCAUGGUCUUCUGUAAUCACAUGGCUCUCUUAUGGGCCUGGGUUACCAUCCGUCUGCUGGAGACCAUCGAUGUACACAGUGGAUACGACAUCCCUCUGAACCCGCUGCACUUGAUCCCCUUCUACGCCGGCGCACGCUUCCACGACUUCCACCACAUGAAUUUUGUAGGCAACUACGGCUCCACCUUCACCUGGUGGGACAGACUGUUCAACACCGACGACCAGUACCACAGCUACUCGCAGAAACAGAGGCUGAAGAAAAGCCAGUAACACACACAACACACACACACGUCUCAUUAAAGUGUUACACACUGGACUGAACCGAUGUCAACACCAGCAGCUUGUACUGGUUCCACCGCAGCGUGCCUUUAAAUUAUCCUCAACACGAUGAACUCUUCACACCGUUGCCUUUAAAGAAUGGCUGUAUCAGUAUUUAAGUUUGUUCAUUAAAAAUCUAACACAGUCUACGCAUGCAUUAUAUCGAUACCUCAGAAUAAAAUAGUUUGCUGUGAUCUUAAGGUCUGAUAAUCAGUGACGAAGACGGCGAACAACGAUGACGUCACUUCUGAAAGCACUUUUUCUUAUUGUUUUUUUUGUCGUGUGAAAUGCCUUUUCUGAGCUUCCUGUGAAACAAGGUAAUAAUGUUUUUAAAAAAAAUAAGUCAUAAACACUUCUAUAUCAUUUACUCUAACAGCAUCAUUAGAUAUCUGCUUCCAUAAGCACACAGUAUGCGCCUCAAACAAACAAACGAAGACCAAAUAAACCGGAAAUAUCUUUUG